GUACGAAGAAGCCACCAACGAGCUCGUUAACGAGGAGCUGGGCAUUGCGUACCCCGUCAUCGACGGCAUCCCGAACAUGAUCCCGGAGGCCGCCAGGACGACUCGGAAGAAGCCCCCAGCUGAGGGCUCGAAGCAGCCCUGA